UCGUCAAAAGUUGCAUCGAAAAUGAAUUCAAGUGUCAAAAUGGAAAAUGUUUGCCCCAUAACGAACCACACGUGCGCUGAGAAUCACUUCAAAUGCGUGUCGACCAGUAAUUGCAUACCAAAUGAAUGGGUUUGCGAUGAUAUGGAGGACUGUACCGAUGGAUCAGAUGAGAAACAAUGCAAAACCGAAUUAGCGUCUUGUCUUCAAAACGAGUUCACGUGUGAUAACGGAAAAUGUCUGAUAAACCGAUGGAUUUGCGACGGAGAGAACGAUUGCGGCGACGGAUCCGAUGAGUCGUCGCAUAUCUGUUCCAACAAGACGUGUACUCCGGGAAUGUUCACGUGUUUGUCCGGCAAAUGCAUUCCCGACCGAUGGAAGUGCGACGGAGACAGAGACUGUCCCGAAGGCGACGACGAGACCGGCUGUCCGGUCGUCACCAAAGACGUCGAGUCGGUGUGCGGGCCGUCGGAGUUCCUGUGCGCCAACGGACACGAGUGUAUCAGCACUCUGUGGAGAUGCGACCGAAGUAAAGAUUGUACGGACGGGUCGGACGAAGUGAACUGCAACUACACGUGCCAUAGGGACCAAUUCGGGUGCAAAAACGGCAAUUGUAUUCCCGGUAACAUGAAAUGCAACGGAAAACCCGAGUGCGCCGACGGGUCCGACGAACACAACUGUCCCGAAAAGGUGGACGAAUCGGCGACGCCCAACACGACUCUGUGUACGGCUGUAGAGCACGAGUGCGCGGACUCUUUGCCCGCCAAAUGCAUUCCCGUCGGCAAACUGUGCGACGGUAUGAACGACUGCGGCGACUGGUCUGACGAACCGCGCGAUUGCUCUGUCAAUGAGUGCGUCGACGGG